AUGACUGACAGAGAAGCUUUGGAGGAGGUUCGCAUGCAGAGUGCAGUAGUUUGUGAUACCUGUGAAAAUACAGCAGAGUACUUAUGCAAGACAUGUCAUGAUAAACUAUGCACUAGAUGCAAAGACAUCCACAGUAGAAGCAAAUCUUCUUUUGACCAUGAAGUCACACAACUGAUGUUUGAAUCUCUUUCUCAGCUGUCAGAGUUUCCAUCUAUUCAGGUGUGCAGGUACCAUCCAGGUUUCCGUGCGAAUAUCUGCUGCAGAGAAUGUGAGGUACCGGUUUGUGAAAAAUGCCUGGUUGACGACCACAAUGGUCAUAAACUGGUGGCGACUAAGAUACUAUUUCUGGAAAAGAAAGAGAAAAUUGAGAAUAAAUUUUCCUUCGUAGAAUCUGAGUUACCAAAGUAUGAUGCAAAACUGGCCGCAAUUAAAGAAAGACAAGCCAGCCAGGUUGAAAGGACUAAAAUAGUGAAAAGUAAAAUUAAUUCUCAUUUUGAAGAGGUGAAAUCAAAACUUGAGGAGGAGAAGAAUCGGCUUUUAGAAACAGUAAACGUCAAGGAAGAAUCAGAAAUUUCUGAACUACAAAUUCAGGAGUCUCAAAUGCUGGAAUACAUUAAGAAUAUUCAUUCAUUCAUGACGGAUUUUAGAAAUGCAAUACCAGCUGAAAGAAAUAGAUUCAUCUUAUAUGCAAAUCCGUCUAUUAAAUCUACUGUGCCGGAAAUCUUUCCAUGUUUACCGACCCCUGGCAAGCCGCAAUUCUCUAAAGGCUCGUUGGAUGAAACUGCCAUCACUAAUUUGUGUGGAAAAAUCUACCUACAAAGAGAUGGUCUUCAACUUCAAGCAAAUUUCUUAGAAGUUGAAGAAAUCAUAGCAGGAAGUAAGAAAAUCGAAGGUCUUUCCUUUCAGUCAAAUGAUGAUACAUUUUGGGUUUACUUUGAAGGUGAUAAGGUUUUUACAAAGAUUGACAGAGUCGGAAAUGACCUUUUUAAAAUUAAAGGAUCUUCAGCAAACAACAAACCAAUAUGUACAUCUCCAGAUGGAGAUGUAUAUUUUAGGACACACCCCAAUGUAAUAUCAAAGUUGAGUCCAGACAGAGAAGAAACAAUAUUUGUAGACUUUAGUGAUCAAUCAACUCUACCAAUAUGCAUGUACUUUCUGAAAGAUGAGGAAUGCAUUGCGAUAGGAGUGAUAAAUGCAGAAGUAACAAAAGGGAAGAUACUACGAUAUAGAAGGCGUGGGCAAUUAAUUGAUGAAAUUAAAAGUCCUCUUUUAUUCAGAUGUCUUGUACAAGCAUACAAAGGGGACCAAAAAAUAGAACAAACGUACGUAGCUGGUAAUAUCAAUGGGGACAUCUGCAUCUCAAACAGAUUUGUCGAUGUUUUUGACAAAGAUGGUGAACUUAAAUUCUCUUACACCGGUAGUAGGAAAACUGGCAAUACAUUUUUAUCUGGUGGGAUAUGUACCGAUAUUCUUGGACAGAUUCUUAUAGCUGACAAAACAAGCCACUGCAUUCAUGUUCUCAAUAUUGAAGGAAAACUUUUGAAGCUAAUGGAUGUUCCGAGACUAGAAAGGAAAAGUUACCCCAUUACACUGACCAUAGACGCUAACUACUGUGUAUGUGUUGGAUGUUCCGACGGUAGAAUCAAGGUCUUAAAAUACAUUGAAUAG